GGACACCAAUUGCUUGGAGGAUCAUCAUUCGAGAAACAACCAGCAAUAUGAAGAGUCGCCGUCAAGUUGUCAGUGCAAAGUCAGCGAGAACAUUGAGUGAGUCCGAUCAAUGGAGUACACAUGGUGCUCUGGAACUGGAGGCAGCUGCUGCAUUGCUAAUGCUUCGCUAUCAGUAUGAUGUCACCAAACUUGCCUCCGCCUGCACUGUGCCACAGAUGACACCACCAUCCCCAUCACCGCCACCACCACCAGCAGCUACAGAGAUGCCCAUUGCAACAACCGUUGCAGAAACCGACAAAUGCACACCCAAGGAGCAAGUGCGUAGUGUAGCAAUGGCUGACUCAUCACAGCCCCUCAAGAAACGCAGCAUUCCGCCUCAUUUGCUCCGGCGUUCCCUGACCCCGGCCAGAUCCCCGGCAGUUGGCAGCGGUGCUAUUACAAAAGCCAAGCUAAAGGUGCCCGCUGCCCCAUGUAACAAGGCGCUCUUAAAGUCGUGCCGCAAUAUGAUUCGAGAAUUUCUGGACAACCAGGAGCUGUUUUAAACUAAAGUACGAAGUACGGACUACGGAUUACG